AUGGCUCGCACGAAGCAGACGGCUCGGAAGUCGACGGGCGGCAAGGCUCCGCGGAAGCAGCUGGCGACGAAGGCGGCCCGCAAGAGCGCCCCGGCCACCGGCGGCGUGAAGAAGCCGCACCGCUACCGUCCGGGGACGGUGGCCCUGCGGGAGAUCCGGCGCUACCAGAAGUCGACGGAGCUGCUGAUCCGCAAGCUGCCCUUCCAGCGCCUGGUGCGGGAGAUCGCGCAGGACUUCAAGACGGACCUGCGCUUUCAGAGCUCGGCGGUGAUGGCGCUGCAGGAGGCCAGCGAGGCUUACCUGGUGGGGCUCUUCGAGGACACCAACCUCUGCGCCAUCCACGCCAAGAGGGUGACCAUCAUGCCCAAGGACAUCCAGCUGGCACGCCGCAUCCGCGGGGAGAGGGCCUGAGCCCAGACUCGCCUGCCUUCCCUCCUUCUGCCCCUAAUCUCUAACCCAAAGGCUCUUUUCAGGGCCAGCACCGCCUCCAGGAGGAGAGCUGGACCCACUGCACUGCCUUGCCUUGCUCUGGGCCACCGAGUGAGGCUAGCGAUAGGGGUCCUUCGCAAGAGGGGCUCCGAGGGGUUGGCCUUUGCCUUCUCCGGCUGGGAGAUCCUAACUAAACGAAUGCAGGUGUAUUUUAUGGGUGGGGUGUGGAUCACUGCUGAAACUGGACCUGGCAGCUCCUAAUGGGGCUUGUCGCGUUCUUCUAUCAAGCCCUAGAGACCGAGGCGUCUGUUCCCAUAGACUGCAGCCUUUCUCUCUUCGGGGAAGCGCUGCUCCUUUAGGACUUGUUCCCAAACUGAACAGUCCCCCCCUGAAUCAAGAGCCCAAUUCUGCCUUCCUUUUCUCCAGAUACACACACAGAGAGGCGCCCCUUGUUCGGCUUCGGCUCCUUGAAGGACCCGGGAGGCGCCCCCUUUUCUUAAUGGGGGCUCUGGGGGGGGGGUUGGCCAUUGCCUUCUGAGGCUGAGAGAGUGUGGCUUGUGAAAGGUCACUCGGCGGCUGUCCAUGCUCUCCCGAAGCCCUAGUCCCCGGAGGAGCCGAAGGACAGUCCUACUCGCCCAUAGGGAAACCUCCAUAAAGAUCCAUUUGGGCAAGCAUUCUCCUAUGGAUGUUUCUUUGCAAUGGCAAAGGUAUUGCUAAAUGUAUCUUUCCAAAGGGAAACGUAGGGCAAGUAUUAUCCUAGGUAUCCUUUUUGUUCUCCUA